ACCUGCGGUGACGCCCACUAUAUCGUUUGCGCCGCCACUUGAUGGCAUAUUCAUGUUGACUAUUGGCUGCGACCAAGAAGACUGUCCCUACACUAUACACAUCCCGGAAUUGCCAGAAAGCACUUCUAUUUCAUUGCAGGCGUUGGAACACAAUGCAUCGCCCGGAUCCGGAUACCGUUGAGGCUGAUACGCCACUCCUAAAGCAAGGGGUCCGUUCAAUCGGCAAGAAAGACGCACACUAUGGCACCAAGGAUAACAGUCAACAACAUUCAAAGGAUGCCUUCCCAGUUGCACACUGGACCUGGGCGAAGACUUAUAUUUCGUCCAAACACUUUCCGCAAACUAUUGCCCAUCGUGGCUACAAAGCGGUAUAUCCGGAGAAUACAAUGAAAGCCUUCGAGGGAGCCGUGGAGGUUGGAACUCAUGCGCUCGAAACUGACAUCCAUUUAUCGAAAGACGGUAUAGUUGUUCUAUCGCAUGAUCCUGAUCUCAAAAGAUGCUUUGGCGUCGAGAAGAAAAAGAUCAUUGAUUGCGACUGGGAUUAUCUGAAGACUCUGCGCACGCUCAAAUCGCCUCAGCAACCUAUGCCACAACUCCAUGAGCUGCUAGAGUACAUUGCACAGCCGGGUCUCGAGCAUAUCUGGAUCCUUCUCGACAUCAAAAUGGACAACAAUGCGGACGACGUUAUGCGAUUGAUUGCGAAGACACUCGAGUCCGUACACCCUGGUCAAACACCCUGGAAUCGAAGGGUUGUACUAGGAAUCUGGGCGGCGAAGUUUCUUCCCCUCUGCACGGAGUACUUACCGGGCUAUCCGGUGUCGCACAUCGGUUUCUCAACUACGUACGCCAGGCAAUUCCUGAAAGUGCCAAAUGUGUCAUUCAACAUGCUGCAAAGAGUCCUCAUAGGCCCAUUUGGCGCUCGUUUCAUACGAGAUGUGCGGAGAGCAAAGCGACCCCUUUAUGCUUGGACGAUUAACGAAGAGAACUUGAUGAGAUGGUGCGUGCGAAAAGAGCUCGACGGCGUCAUCACCGACGAUCCGAAGAGGUUCAAGCAGAUCUGCGACGAAUGGAACGAUGAGCGAGCAAAGCUUGCAAGGAUGACUUUGUGGCAAUCGCUAUACACGCUUUGGGUAUGGGUGUUGAUUACCAUUUUCUCGGUUCCCUUCAGGCGGAAAUUCCCGGAGACGACUGAACAGUUCAUUCGGGACCAGAAUGUGCGGGCUAAGGCGGCUUCCAAGGUCACAGACCUGUGAAGAGAUCAUGAGCUGCAGGGGAGAAUUUCGAGGCAUAGAGACCUGGAUUAUGAGCCGCGAGAUGACGCGAGUUCGACAGGCGAUAGUCCUCGUCGACCCGGUAAUGGCGGAGGUUGCAGGAGAUGAAAAGGACUUUUGCGAAGUCAUAAAAUCUCUGUUCUGGUCAUGCUUGUCUUAAAAUGGCUUUUUCCAGAGUAUACAAGACCACCAGAAUUGGAAAUAGGUUGAUAGAUUAGAGUCCUGCUUGUUGUCGGUACUUCCUUAGGACUCCACUGACGAAUCAAGGAAGCCGCCUGGAGGAUCUUGGCGGUCGCAGGACUAACCGGGGCAGGAAAUCUAGCA